UCAAAGUAUGCAUUACGCGCUCCGGUUCUUAUCUCCAUUGUGGAUAUCCUGUAUUCACCUUGGCGAACGACAAAUAAUUUCUCAUUAAAACAUUUACCAAAAAGAAGACAAUUGCAAAUUUGCACCUGUCGCUACAUUGUGCGAUGCGGUUAGGGUUUAGAAUUGCAACUACACGGUUCGAUCCGCCACCACCACCGCCAUCUUUACUUCAUUCUUGCAUUCGUAGCAAACUACAUAGUUCAAUUUCAAGCUCAUUUUCAUCUGAACAAGUAUCAAAUUGCAAUGAGUUCUUGCCAUGGCUACAGAAAAAGUCUGGAAUGGAAAUUUCAUCCAUACUUUAUAUUGGAAAUUCCAUCUAUGGAAGGUCUUUGUUUGCAUCAAAGUUUGUUCAGUAUGGAGAUUGCAUAUUGAAAGUUCCUUUUGACGUUCAACUAACGCCAGAAAAUGUGCUUCCAGAAAUAAGGAUUUUGUUAGAUGACAAUGUUGGACAUAUUGCACGACUUGCUAUGGUGCUUCUAGUUGAGCAGAAACUGGGUCAGGAAUCUGAGUGGUAUCCUUACAUGAGUAAUCUUCCUCGAAAAGGGGAGUUGCAUUGCCCGGUAUUCUGGAGUAAGAAGGAACUAGAGAUGGUUCAACCAGGCUCAGUAUAUAAAGAAACUAUCGACCAACAUACUCAAAUUGAGAAGGAAUAUUUGGCUAUUAGACCAGUUCUUGAUCGCUUCCCCCAUUUUUUUGAAGAAGUAACAUUUGAAGAUUAUAUACAUGCCUGUGCUGUAGUUGGAUCUCGGGCAUGGAGUAGUUCAAAGGGCCUGUCACUGAUUCCGUUUGCAGAUUUUCUAAAUCACGAUGGAGAUUCAGAUGCAAUCUUACUUGGGGAUGAACACAAGCAAGUCUCAGAGGUCAUUGCUGGUCGAGAAUAUGCUCCCGGGGAACAGGUUCUGAUAAGAUAUGGGAAAUUUCCAAAUUCUACUCUCUUGAUGGACUUCGGUUUCACAAUUUCAUGCAACAGGUAUGACCAGGUUCAGAUUUGGGUCAAUGUACUUGAACAUGAUCCUUUACGUGUAAUAAAAUUGGAUGUCUUAGCUAAGCAUCAUAUGCCAACCAUCAUCGGUACCAAUGGAGUUGAUUCUUAUGGGAGCUAUUUUGUCAUCAAGGAAGUGAGAUCUUCUAGAAGGAACGGGAAGGGAAUCCCACAAUCGCUUCGUGCAUUUGGACGUGUUUUAUCUGCUGUCUCUCCUCAAGAGGUAAAAGACAUGGAAAUCGAAGCUGCAGCUAAUGAUGGCCGACUGGCUCGACGUCCUUUAAAAAACACAACUAGGGAGAUCGAAGCACAUGAGUUGUUGCAUUCACAAAUUUUACAUUUGAUUCAGGAAUAUGAUGCAUCACUAAAGAAUCUAGCCCCCGUAAACCUUCCCUCCAUUGACAGACAACUAGCUUAUAGGAGGCGAAUGGCUCAUGAUCUCCUCAGUGGCGAGCUCCGCGUCUUAAAUAGUGCAAAUGCAUGGCUUACUAAUUAUUGUGCUACAUUAUCCAGGGGGAAAACACAUACUUUAGAAUCUCAUGUUUCAUAAGAUAUAAGUUUAUCUGGUCGAGAGUAUAUAGCUCGAACACUAAAAGCAUAUGCAUCCAACUGUCAAAACUAUGGACUAUGCAUACAAGCUUCACGCUAUCUGAAUCUGCAACUGGUUAUACGUCCAGGUGUGAAGUACAUGUUACAAUUUACACUUCUCUGCUUCUGACUCAGCAGCGGAACCGGUUUUGGGAACUCCAUGUGUGCUAGUUUUGUGAGAAGUAGACAGCAAUCUGUACAUAAUGCGGAUGCGGAGUUGGUAUGGCUUUUUCUAAAAUGUGGGUUGGAUCUUAUGAAGACCAUGUAAUUUAUAUGUUAUUACAUUUCUGAAGCUAAUUGAACGUGUAAACAUAGAACAUCUAACAGUGUGGGCUGGUUGUGGCUGUAUGAAUAGAGGGAAAUAAAGAAGGCACAAUUGGGGAUACCUCCACAAAUUGGGGGAUACUCAAAAAAAAGAAAAAAAAACAUUAUGAAGUAAUUGAAGUACCCCUUAUCCAAGUGUAUUUGGGGAUACUUCAAAUAAUAUAUUUUGGUUAGAUGAAAAAGAAGAAGGAUUUUGGAAGAUUUGUGUGAAA